CAAAAGUGUGCUCAUGCAUUUGUGUGUUCCUCGAUUAUUGUUUGCCGUAGUAAGGCCUUCCAUUUAAAGGUUCAAUGCCGCUAUAAGAGCAAGAGACCACCUCGUUGCAUGCACAAAGGAUCUGUAGUAACUGACGGCAAAUCUGCAUACUUUACACCGUGUGACUCCACCUCACUCUACAAGUAUCAAUUCGAUACGGAGCAAUGGACGCAACUUGUAUCA